AUGUUCUUUGACCAGCGCCGCGUACUGACGGAGGAUGCGCCGCGAAGGCCGUACCAGAAUAAUACCUCUACGGCAUCCUUCGAGUGCCCACUUCUCAAAGGGCUGCACUACGGGCAGCGGAAGCUGAUGCUGUCGGAAGUGGAGUUUUUGGUACAGAUUUCCAUGCGCAACAGAAGCUGCGGCAGCGGUGCAUCCCCGAAGAAGGUGCUUGUCGUGUACGCCGGCGCUGCUUGCGGACUUCAUUUGCCGUUUCUCUUUUCUCUUUUUCCGGCGCUUGAUUUUGUUCUCAUUGACCCAGCGCCGUUUUGCCCACAAGUCACGGAAAUUGCGUCGAAGGAGGGGACCUGUGUGCUGGAGCUCAUCGAAGGACUCUGCACCGCGGAGCUGUGCUUGCGGAUUCGGCGUACCUACCACGAAACGCAUGACAUUUUCUUGGUGAGUGACAUCCGUUCUGGCGAACCUACGGGCAUGUCGCUGAAUCAGGAGCACACGGACAUGAUCCAGCAAGACAACAACGCCCAGCGAGAGUGGUGUUUCUCGCUGGAGGUAGAGGCGGCAAUGCUGAAGUUUCACCCUCCUUAUCCGGCCGCCAAGGAUAGUGACCCGGCCAACUACAAAGCACAGGACGCGACGGUGGAGGAGUACACAUACCUGGACGGAACACAGCUGCUUGGGGUCUGGGCACCCAAAUCUUCCUCAGAGGUGCGUUUGGUCGUCGUCGGACCGUUCAAGCGCGGCUACGAGGCGCCUACUCGACGCUACUACUGUACAGUGCACGAGGAGCAGUGCUACGCGUACAACAUGGAUAAUCGGUACGAGAAGGACUGCGCGGCCGAGCGCCUCAUCCUGGAGACGUACCUCAGCGCUUUUCCAGGCGCGUACAAAUCCGUCGAACAACUCUCCAAAACGCUCAGUGUGCGGCUGGAGUAUCCGCUGUUUUGUCCACUCGAGCCAGGGUUUACCGAGCAACAUGCGCGAUGGGUGACACUGCUGUACUCGACCAGGAAGCCCUCUGCUCUCCAGUACUUUGACUUGCUAAAGAACGACAUGCCCGUUGAGCAGGUGGCAGGCCUUGUGACGAAGUACAAGGACUGCUGCGAGAUCCCUGCUGGAGUUAAAGUCGGCGAGAUCGAGUUGACACCUCAUUUUUGGUCCGUCUUUGCAGCCGGUGACUUUGCUGUUGUGUACUGCUUCCCCGUUGUUCGAUGGGGGUGGAAGCAGCACGCGCAUCGACGCCAGCCGAACAAGCAACAAGGCGAGGGCGAAAAGCGCCAUUGCCGGUUUGCCGGGAAAAAGCGAACGGCCAACGCUGCUUGA